GGGAAGGGGAGGGUGGGCCUGGGGGAGGGUCUCACUGUACAUAGAGUCACUGGCAUGACAACCCCUGUUUCUUGGAAGGGCCACAGCCUGGCCAUGCCGUGCGGCAGCCUGUGGUCAGGGGGUGUGGCCUGGCCCCCUCCCCUGUGGGGUGGAUCCCUAGGGGCUAUAAGAGAGCUGUCUCUUCCUCUGUAUGUGCGAGUGGGUGGGGGAGGCCCUGGCUGGCCCCAGCCCCUGCAUGGAUUUUUUGUGGCUUCUUUUGUCUUUUGCUGGCUUUCCUAUUUCUGUUCCUUGCUGGACACUGCUCCCCAGUCCCUUCCCCUUCCCCAUCACGAUUCCCCCAGACCCCACAGGUCCUGUCCACUCUCAGGUCCUGUCCUGAGAGCUGGCCAUGUGCUGAGGCUAUGCGGGGAGAGAUCAAGGUGACCCCCUCAGCCUCUCUGGUGAAGGUAUGGGCCCUUCUUUGCAUAUGCACAGAAAGGGGUAGGGGUAGAAAUGACAAGAAGCUUGGUACAGUGUACUCAUGAGCAUAGUGUGCAAGUGAAGCUGCCCACUACCCUCCGUGACCUCAGACAGUAGAAAAAAGAGCGGGUGGGUCUUAGGCAAUGUAGAAUAGCAAAGUGCCCACAGAUGCCAAGGGAAGCUGUCCUCAGUGCACUUCUGCCCCAGUCUUCUUGGAAGUCUUUGCCAGGAACCUCAUCCCUGCUUCUUAGGCUUACCCUCCCAUACUCCUGAGAACCUUGGUGCCAUCCUGCACAAUGCCCCAAGGGGCCAAGGGAUGCCGGCUUGGACAGCUAGAGUGGGCAGAGAAAUACUAGGGAUGGCUUGAGCUGAGGCCUGAACUCUCAUCAUGGGAAUGAGCAGAAAGGUUGAAGGGGGGAAAGAGGGAUGGUUGGAAAGGGUGAGGCCAGAAGGAGGGGCUAGGUGGUCUUUGUACUGUGGGUGGCCUGAGCUACACAAGGGAGCAGGGGCUGAAGUUCAGCUGGUCGCCAAAGUCCCACUUGUUCCAGCCCAGCCCUCUUCUUUCCUCUCAGGCUGUCAACCAACUCAUUACCCAAACCCGGUAGUACCCUUAGUAUAUCGAUUUCCUAUUGUUUCUCUAUUUUGGGGAUCUGCCUCUUCAUGAGUUGAUUUCUCUAUCAUGCAUUUCACCAACAACAUGGAGGUAGAAAAACUCAGUGUUCUUCAGUCCCGUCCCGUCCCCCACUAGGGCCUGGAGGGAGGUCUAGAACACAACACCUUGCUAACCUUGCAGGGGUCCUGGAGAAAUCCCAAGUUUCUUUUUCUGAAAGGGGAGAUUGUGGGCUAGAUUCUAUUGGCCCCCCACUCUAGGGAGCUAAGGAUCAAGGGAAGGAACUUGGCAGGUACCCCUUGUAAGAACCUGCUGCUCAGGGCAGGGGCAGCCAUGCCAACCCCCUGCCCCUAUGUCCCUACCCCAGGCUGGGCCAGGCUUCUUGCCCCCUGCCUGAGGAUUUCUGCAAUGGUUGUGCCCCAGCUCCCCCUGCAUGCCCGUGGGUUUGAUGUGGCGCUCAGAGGCCAGCAGGGCUAGACUGCGCGUCUUGCUGUAAUUGGCAAAUAAAUGUCACCCUGCCAAAGCCUCCUACCCACUGCCUCACUCUGUCCCACUGCGCCGCCCCCACCUGGGGCCUGGCCCCUGGGCUCCAUUUCAGCCUUCUGGGGAAAUUAAACAAGAUUGGGGCACCCCAGCAGGCAAUGGGGAAAGCUCAUCUUGCUGGACUUACAAGAUCAGGGAAGGAAGGCAUCAACAGUGGCCUGGUCCCUAGUAACUCAUCACCCUGACAUCAUGGGAAUUUGGUGGGUCUGUGUUGUGAAAGCCAUCCAGCACCAAAGCUAGGAUUUGAAAAAUCCUCCUUCCCCAAAAGUUUCUCUGUUAGAGAUCCAUCUUAGAGUAGGAACUGACAGGCUUGUGGGGUAAGAUGGUAUGGACUGCUCCUUAUGCCAUUUGAUAGAUGAUAGGAUCAGGUCAAAGCACUGGAGACUCAGAUUCUUGACACCAUAGUUGCUUCUUCCUCCUGGUUCUUCUAUGGGGCCAGCGCUCUUGCCUCCCACUCCAACCCCACUAUGUUAGGCAGUCAAAAAGUAUUUAUUAAAGUAUUUACUAUGGGCCAGGUACCAUUCUAAGCACCAGCAAUACAAAGAAAGGCAGAUUCAAUUCCUGUCUUCAAGGAGCUCACCUUUGAAUGGGGGAGAUGACCUGUGAAUAAGUAGGUAUAUACAAGAUCUUCGCAGAGGAGGAGGAAGGUGGUCUAAGAAGGGAAAAGGUGAAGGUGAAGGUAGAUUUUAUUUCAGGCACGGGGGAUAGGCAGUUCAAAGGUACUGAGAGUUGGAAUGUUGAGUUAAAGAAAGAGCAAGAAGUCUACCCACACUACAGAAUUUGGACUGUGGCAGCUUAAGGGUUAAGGCAAACUCAGCCGGUGGGGGUGGGGUGGAGGGGAAUCGGGGAGAACAUAUAGAGUUCAUAGAAGUGCUGAAUUGGGCUAUGUUUCUAUGCUAUGCCCCUACUUGCCAUUAACCCAUAACCUAUGAGGACCUAUGCCAGUAAGUGUUCUGCUCAACCCAGGCUGUGCCCAGGAAAAGUGCCAUGAGCUAUUCUUUCUUUGUGUGUGUGUGUGUGUGUGUGUGUGUGUGUGUGUGUGUGUGCAGCAAUUGGGGUUAAGUGACUUGCCCAGGGUCACACAGCUAGUAAGUGUCAAGUGUCUGAGGUUGGAUUUGAACUCAGGUCCUUCUGAAUCCAGGGCUGGUGCUCUAUCCACUGCACCACCCAGCUGCUCCUGGAGCUAUUCUUUCUAAAACAGGAUCCCUGAUUUGUCUGGUGUGUUUGUUAGGGCCCCUUUAGUAGCAUCCAGGGUCAUGGGAAAAGGAUGUUGUUAAUUUUAGGCUUAAUCACCUGUUAGUUGCUCCUCUUUAAAGCUGAUUUGGGUCUCCUGGGUGCUUAAAACCCGCAGAAGGAAAUUGCAACAACAUAAAUGAAGCUAGAAGACUACAUAUAAGGGGCCAGAGGUUACAGCAGUACCUCAGGUGACCUGACAAGUAAUUGCCUCACUUUGGAUAUCAUUUUCUUCAUUAGUAAAAUGAGAAAGCUGGAUUAGAUGAUUAAGAUCUCUCCAAGUUCUGAAACCUAAGACCCUUUGAAUCAUCAGGGAUGUAUCUUGAAGCUUUAACAUUCAAUACCCUUUAAGAGUUCCAUAGUUCUUGCUCUACUGAGGGGCAGUAGCCUAAGAUUUUCCUGUCGGCUUGGGCCUCGUAAGGGUAUGGAAAAGAACUAGCCUCCUGGAAAAUGACACAAUCCUUAGGGUUAGCCAUUUAGCCUCAGUUUUCCAAUCUAAUUCAGUUGAGCAUGAAUUAUUUUAUAAUGAAUAAGCAAGUUCUUUGGGUCAUGGGACCAGCUCCUCUCACUUCCCCUUUUUUUUUCCUUCUUGGAAUUGCCACAUAUACCCCACCCUAAUGCACUAUCCUGAUGGCUUGGGCCAGUAGAGACAACAGGUCUUCCUAUCAUAGAGGUGGCCUAACUGUAAACCUGUACUUCACUAGCCUGAAGAAGGAAGGCUAUGAUGUUCCCACCAGCUAGGAUCCGUGUCUGUUCUAGAUGUCUUACAUCGACAAGCCAUGCUCUGAUCAUAUUGCUUCUCUACUGUCAAGGGGUUAAUUAGGUUUUGCUAGGUGUGGAGGUGCCUGGGCUCAAGCUUUGAAUAACUUGGAGGAAGGGGAUCAGUUCUGGGGCUUAAUUCAAGUGAGUCACCGUGAAUACGCUGAAGAAUGCUUAAGGAUGGAUUGCUUUGGGGAAAUAUGGACCACCUUCACACUUUUGGGCUCCAGUCAAGAUGUCCCUACCUGAGGCUGAGACAAGGUGAUCUGAGGGGCAGCCAGGGAGAUGGGACAGUAAGAAGGGGGGUGGGAUUUGCCCAGGACAGGAGGAAUCUUUACUGGAGACACAGGGCAGGGGCCUGAGCUCCCUGGUCAGUCACCUAUUAAAUGCCAGGCAGGGCAGCAAGGUGGCACAGUAAGUAGAUAGAGGGCCUGGGCUUGGAAUUAUGAACACUCAUCUUCCUAAAUUCAAAUCUUGCCUUGGACACUUACUAGCUGUGUGACCCUGGGCAAGUCACUAAACCCGGUUUGCCACGGUUUCCAAAAUGAGCUGGAGAAGAAGAUGACAAACUAGUCCAUCAUCUUUGUCAAGAAAACCCCAAAUGGGGUCUUGAAGAGUACAACAAGCAUCAGACACCAGGCAUGGAAAGAAAGGCCAACCCCCCCCCACACACACACAAAGAGCUGGUAGUAUAAUGGGGAAAACCUAUUACAAAAAUUUUUUUAGAAACCCUGAUUCCCAAGCCAUCAUCCCAGGCAAGGCUGGUACAGGUCAGGUUGUGGCCCCUAAAGAUUCAAGAUAGAGAAGCCCCUCAGGUUCCGCGGAAAUGGAAAGCAGGAGAGUAGAACCUAAGAUGAAUCCAAGCCUGUCAGAGAAGGGAAACCCAGAAAAUACUAUUUCACAGAUGGGAAAAUCGAGACUCUCAGAGGGGACUAGCCCAAUGCUCCAUGGCCAGAAGGCAGCAGAAUUCGAAUCCCAGCCCAGGUUUUCCUGUCCCCAAGCCCAGACCUUUUUCCCGUGGACCAACACUUCCCCCCACCUCGCAACCCCCAUCACCCACCCCAGGAUUUGGUGCCACUUGGAACGCAUUUCCCUCCUUUUACAGAUGGGGAAACUGAGGCCCAGGGAGGGAGGAAAGGUUUUGCCCAAGAGAGGGCGGGGGAGGGAGGGAGACAGGAGAAGAAUCCAGCCAAGUCACUCCUUGGGGGAACAGAGGCCCUGCCAUUGGCUCUACAGGUGUCAAGAAAGCAGCUGGGCUCCAGGUGGGACGCGCCUCCGCCUCCGCCUCCGCCUCCCGCCCGCAGCGUCCCCGGGAUAGUUCCGCCCCUUCCUCCCUCUCUCCCACCCCACCCCCUUCACGCGCGCGGGCCCCGCGCGGCUCUCAUUCAGAAGUCGCGCCUCAUUCCUCUUGCGUCACUUCCGCCUCCUUUCCGGAAGCGACUCUGACGGAGCCAAAUUUGAAGAGAGACUAGAAUUUCCGCCGGCUCGGCUCAAGCCUCAGGUCCUCCCUGGGCCCAGCUGACGGGGUCCACGUGGGUGCAGAAGCGUCGGGGGCCAGGAGGAUGCCGAUCCGCGCGCUCUGCACCAUCUGCUCGGACUUCUUUGACCAUUCGCGAGAUGUGGCUGCCAUCCACUGCGGGCACACCUUCCACCUGGCGUGCCUCAUUAAGUGGUUUGACACUGCUCCAAGUCGUACAUGUCCACAAUGUCGGAUCCAGGUUGGCAAAAGAUCCAUUAUCAAUAAGCUGUUCUUUGACAUUUCUCAGGAAGAGGAAACAGGCCUAGAUGCAGAGACCUUAAAGAAUGAACUGGAUAAGACUAGAGCCCAGCUGUCCUUGAAAGUAAAAGAGAAGAAAGAUUGCCAAUCCAUCAUUGACUCUUUGCGAGAAGUACUAGAUGUGCGCAAUGUCACCAUAGAGUCGCUACAAAAGGCCCUGGGAGAGUCAGAAAUGCUGUGUUCAACCUUCAAGAAACAGAUUAAGUACUUGGAGCAGCAGCAGGAUGAGACCAAGAGUAUAAAAGAGGAGGCCUACCGUCUGAGGAACAAGAUGAAGACCAUGGAACGCCUUGAGAUCCUGCUCCAGAGCCAGCGCCCAGAGGUGGAACAGAUGAUCCGAGAUAUGGGAGCAGGCCAAGCAGCCGUGGAACAGCUGGCUGUGUACUGUGUAUCACUGAAGAAAGAAUAUGAAAAUCUCAAAGAGGCCCGGAAGGCCUCAGGUGAGCUGGCAGAUAAGCUAAGAAAGGAUUUGCUUUCUUCUAAUAAUAAGUUACAAAAAGCACUCUCUGAGGUUGAUAAUGUCAAGGAGGAACUGAAAUCAACCCAGAAGGAUUUACAGAAUGCAGACAAGGAAAUCAAGAGCUUAAAGAAGAAGCUGACCAUCCUACAGGGGACCCUGAACCUACCAUCCCACACCAGCGAGACCCUCAGUCGGCUUGUCUUAGAGAGCCCAGCUCCUGUGGAAAUGCUGAGCCUAAAGUUGCGACAGCCUGCCCGUGGGGAAGACAUUGAUCUAAAUGCCUCUUUUGAUGUGGACACCCCCCCAGCCCAGCCCCACAGCUCCAAGCUUGUCCCAGCUAAGAAGCUCUGCCUGGAGCAGUCAAGCUCCCUGACUCCUGGCAUCUCCAAAAAAGACAACAAAGACCCCAAAAAGGUGAAUGGUCUUUGUCUGGGGGGUCAGCAUUGGGCUGGAGAACAAGAUGAUGAGCUGGUGGGUAACUUCCCCUCAUUCAUUCGGAAUGCUGUCCUGGGCAAGAAGAGGCCCCUGGGCAACCUGGGGGACCCAUGCAGGAACAGUGGAACCGUAAGAACGGGCUUUGAUGGGCUUGGAGGACGAAGCAAGUACAUUCAGCCCACUGACCCCUCCAUCAUCCGUCCACUGCCCAUAAAGGCAAAGCCCAGGCGCAAGGUCGUGUCAAAGAAAGCAGCUCCCUCUGUCCAGGCUAGGUUGGACACUUUCCUGAGAUAACCCAGAGGCCCAUGUUGGGUCCAGAACGCACAAGAAAAGGCCACUGGGCAUUCUCCCUUUCUCUCCAGACUUCUGAGAGACAGGGGUUGCCCGUUGGCCUGGAAUGUGUGGGAGCAGGAGUAGGCCCUGCAGUCCACUGGGUGGAGGCGCAGCAUCUGCCACCACUGGGGCUACCUGUUGGGUCAUCCCAGCAAGUCACGCAGGGCACUCAGUGCUCAAGGUUCCCAGCGGGGGGCCCCGUCACACACAGCGUGUGCAGCUGACUCUGGCCAGGCCUGUGGUGGCUUGAGGAGCACCCAUGGCAGGGGCUGUAAGCAGCAAAGUCCCCACAGCAUGGCUCCCUCCCUUCCCUAUGUUGCCUCUUCUCACCUUCUGGGUUCAGCAUUUCCCUGGCAGGGCUCAGGAGCUCAGACUGUGGUACAUUUUAAUUCCUCCAGUGUUCCAGGGCUUGAUUCUCUUACCUUAUCCCCCUCCCCCACCCCAUCCUGCACCCAAAUAUCACCUCUUCUUGACCAGCCCUGCUCUCCCCAGGUGCCUGCAGCCAUGGCUCCAGUCCCUUCUGCCCCUCUGCCCAGCCCAGCCCCCACCGGCAGAGACUCUGCUUUUGCCACUCUCGUGUCCUAGUUGGCCUGGACAGGAGUGAAGCCUGCUUUCCUGUGAAGGUGAUGGGCUGGUCAUGGGCUGCACCUAGUGUUCUUAUGAGGAUACAUGUAAAAUAA